AGGCAUUUGGGAUCCCAGCUGGCUGAAUUGAAAAAGGUGAUAGGGAAAAUGUUGGAGGCUGACUUUCGGCGCUAUGUCACUUUGGAUUUAUACCGUCCAAUAUCUGAGAAAGAGUUGGAUCCUGUUGAUGAGAAUUGGUUGCAGUCCAUAGUAUUUGGAUUGUUCAGACAGAAGUCAGCCUUCUUGGAUGUGAUACGUGAUGAAGCCUGCACAGCUCUGGAGGCUGCAUCAAAGGAAGUUCUUGCAGAGGCACUUGCGAUUCUACCUCAUGAACAGGAGUUAUCACAGGAUGAAGCUCGACAGCAGAGACAAGCACCAUCCAUUCGCAACCUCAGUGCUCAAGCCUUGACAGAUCUUCUCAGUGAAACCUGUCAACAGCUUUUUCUACUGCUCAAGCGAGUCAAGAUGCUCAUGAUACUUGUGGCUGAGAUGACAGCUCUAGCUGCAGGUAGAGAAAAAGUUGCUGUUGACAAAAUUAGUAGUGAGGAACAUGGGAAAAGGAAUGCCUUGACCAGGAAAUCCUUAUCAGAUAUCCUGGAUGGUGCAAACCUUCUUAGUUCAGAAGAAUAUGAGAAGGUGGCAGAAGGAUUAAAAGAUGUUUUAUGCCAAUCUUGUGACUAUGCCCAUGAAAGAUGUGCCCGUCUUCUCCGUGAAAUGCCGUCCAAGCUGAGUCAUGCUGAAUUCCUCAACAUAGCUAAUAUAGUGCAGGAUUUUUGCCAACAGACAGAGGAACUGACCCACCAGAAGAGCUCUGCUAUGGUUCUUGCUCUCCAAACACAGGGGGCAAAAGUUGCCAGCAGAUUGCAUGAAGAGCAAAAAGUAAACCUCACAUUACUACUUGAGAGUGAGCAAUGGAAACCUACUGAAGUACCUGCUGAGCUUCAGAAGCUAGUUGAUGACAUAGUAUUUGCGGGUUCAUUUGAGUUGAACAAGGAUUCCAGUUAUGAGUCAAAGCCAAAGAAGUCACUGAGUGUGGCUGGUGAAGACUUCACUGUAGUUGGUGUUGUGUUACUGCUGGUGAAAAUCAUGUCAUCAUACAGUGUUUAUGCCAAGCACUGUCAAUUCCUAACCCCAGAUCUGCUUUCUCGUCUGACUGAAUUGCUGCAAUUUUAUAAUUCCAGGGUUUGUCAGCUACUACUAGGAGCCGAGGCACGAACAAGAGCAGGUUUAAGGAGUAUCACUGCCCGUCACCUUGCCCUUGGUUGGCGCAGCCUGCAGCUCAUUCAGAGUCUCAUACCAUAUUUUCAGAAACAUUUUCUUCCCCUGUUGGCUAGUGCUAACAAAUCCAAUCCCUUCAGUCAGAAACAUCUAGAUCUGGUCAAUCGUGACUUCAAAGCCCACAGUGAACAGUUAUCUUCAAAGCUUGUGAGCAUCCUCACAUCUACUUUUGAGAUUCAGCUGAAACAAUGGGAACCCAAACCACCUGUGCCUUCUAACACGUUCAGAUCAAUAUGCAAGCAGCUAGCAAAGUUUCAUGAAGCAGUGGAAGAUGUGUUGCCUACCUUACAAGUCAAGGAAUUGUUGUUGAAAAUUCAUGAGGAUUUCUCGCAGAAGUGUAGGUGGCAUCUAAACCGCCUUGGAUUGGCCAGUGAUGGUGGUCCCCAACAUGCGUUGGUGACUGCAGAACUGACAUUCUACAUGCAGCAACUACAAGGCUUGAAAUGCAUGGCUAGGUGUGAUUCAUUCGACAAAUUUCUAUCAGAAGUUUUCUGCAGGUGAUAUUUUCUGCUAGUCUAUAUCCAUUUCUUGGUGCAAUUCUUUCAUCUGGUAUCUCUGCCACAUGUUUCUCCUUCCUGAGAAUUGGGAGCUUACCUGCUAUUCCAGUGUUAUAUCAAAGCAAUGGUGAAGAAUUUAUUAAUUGGGUCACAG